CAACUUGGCGCCGUAGAUUUCGUUAGAGCUCAAUUCGCCAUUUUUGACUGAUGGGGGGGAAAAAAGCCUCAAAUGUCCAACGACUGGAUUUUAUAAACACUUUGUCGUUUUUUUUCUUCCUGAAAAUAGACUGUUAGCUUUACUUCUGCACUGCAUUUGUCAUACGUUCGGCCUCACGCAGUGUGCGAUGGAUGUGCCUGUUGUCAAUGAGGACAGUUUGUGUUGCCUGUUGGCCUCCUGUGUGUGUGUGUGUGUGUGUUGUGUGUGUUUAUUUUUGAGUUGUUGUUGUUGGGGUUUUUUUGUUUUGUUUUGUUUUUUUUUGCAUCAUCAGAAGCUAAUUUAAUUACAUUAACGACAAAAUUAUAGUAUUGUUUUUACAGUCCAAGCAGCCAGAGCAGCAUUUCACUGAUUAUUUUUUAAAUUACUUUGAGAAUCUUCUUCAUUUUUGAUAUCAGGGCAACACUUUAUCACUGUAUGACAACCAUCAUUAAGAAAUGUAAGCGCCUGGUGGUGGUCGUCCCCAACGAGAGCUCCUACCCAGCGGUGCGGCGUGCCUACACCAGCGAGGACGAGGCAUGGAGGUCGUACCUGGAGAACCCGCUGACGGCGGCCACCAAGGCCAUGAUGAGCAUCAACGGGGACGAGGACAGCGCCAACGCCCUGGGGCUGCUCUACGACUACUACAAGGUGCCCAAAGAGAAGAGGCUCCUGCCGGUCCCCAAAAUCAUUGAAAUGACAGAGGAGCAGGAGAAGAGAUCUACGUUGCAGAGCAACUCCAGCAGCCAAAGCGAGGUAGAGACCGUGGACAACCGCGUUCAGGUCCUCAAAUCUGUUCCCGUCAACCUGUCGCUGAACACAGAGCAGCAGGAGGCCAAACGGGAGCAGUUCAUCAGCUCCGCUGGUGCAGGGGUGGCGUCAGGGGAGGGAGGCGUGCCGGCUGUGGCCGUGGUGAAGGCCGAGAUGUACGCGCCCGUCUUCAUGGCGGGGGCGGGGCUUCACUACAGGAUGGAGGGAGAGGAGUCUGCGAGGGUGGUCUACGAACAGAGUCCGUACGAGGUGACCGCCGUCAGUCACAGCUCGUAUGUGAAGGAGGACCAGCAGAGUCCGCCGGACAGCCCCUACGAGGAGGAGAGAGACGGGAAGUACCACACACCCGCCUCUCUGCCUACAGAGGACUUCUUAUUUCACCAGGAGGGAGUCGACAGCUUCCAGUACACACUGGACGCCACUCGCUCUUUGCGGCAGAAGCAGGGCGAGGGGCCGAUGACCUACCUGAACAAGGGCCAGUUCUACGCUGUGACGCUCAACGAGCUCAGCGCCAACAAACGCCUCCGUCAUCCCAUCAGCAAAGUCCGGAGCGUGAUCAUGGUGGUGUUCAGCGAGGACAAGAACCGAGACGAGCAGCUCAAAUACUGGAAGUACUGGCACUCUCGGCAGCACACGGCCAAACAGAGAGUCUUAGACAUCGCGGAUUACAAGGAGAGCUUCAACACCAUUGGCAACAUCGAAGAAAUCGCCUACAACGCCAUCUCCUUCACCUGGGACGUGAACGAAGAGGCCAAGAUCUUCAUCACGGUCAACUGUCUGAGUACAGACUUCUCCUCUCAGAAGGGGGUCAAGGGUCUUCCUCUGAUGAUCCAGAUCGACACGUACAGCUACAACAACCGCAGCAACAAGCCGCUGCACAGGGCCUACUCGCAGAUCAAGGUCUUCUGUGACAAGGGAGCGGAGAGGAAGAUAAGGGAUGAAGAGAGAAAACUGUUCCGCAAGAAGUCAAAAGGGAAAGAUGGAGGCGUCGGCGUGAUAACGGCUCCCAAGAAGUCCGACACCACCUAUUUCAAGACCAUGACCGACCUGGAGGCUCAGCCUGUUCUCUUUAUCCCCGACGUUCACUUCGGCAACCUGCAGAGGGCCGGACAGGUGUUCACCUUCAACACGGAGGAGAUGGAGAGAGAAGGAAGCGUGCUGGUGAAGAGGAUGUUCAGGCCGUCGGACGAGGACCUGUGCCCGUCACCUCACAAACAGAUCAAAGAGGAGACGCACAAGAGAGUGCUGUUGUACGUGAGAAAGGAGACGGACGAGGUGUUUGACGCCCUGAUGCUGAAGUCUCCCACGCUCAGAGGCCUGAUGGACGCUAUAUCGGAGAAGUACGGCGUGCCCACAGAGAGGGUGGCCAAAGUGUACAAGAAAAGUAAAAAAGGGAUCCUGGUGAACAUGGACGACAACAUCAUCGAGCAUUACUCCAACGAAGACACCUUCAUCCUCAACAUCGAGAGCUAUGCGGACGCCUACAAGAUCACGCUGACGGAGAUCUGACGGCUCGCCGGCCGACCCGAAGGGCUUUGCAGGUAGAGACCAGAACUGUGACCGCCGGUUGGCUGAAAAAUCUACGAGGCUGCUAUUGAUUGGUUCAUAAGCUGACUGACAGUAUUGGAGACGGUCCGUUGGUGGACGCGCCGAGGUCAACGUCGACACACCUGAUCCUUCUCUGACACUGUUACACCAUGAAGCAAGUUGGGACGUUCUGUGACGGAAAAGGACACCAAAUAAAAAAGUGGACAUCAUAGGAUGUGUUUUUUAUGAACUGGUUAUAUUUACUUGUACAUGUCCUCCAUGAUUUAUAUUGUGUAAAAUACUAAUGCUUAUAUUCUGUACAGUGCCGUGUUUUUGCCAAAUAACUCAUCAGGAGUGUGGAAGCCCUGAUGUACAUACUGUAUGUAGCUGUAGCUUGAAUUAGUCGGUCCUCAGUAACUUAGCAGCUUCUCUUGCAUGCCAGCCUUUGUUUUAUUGUUAGAUGUGUUAUUAUUUAUUAAUGCCUUUUAAUGACAAUUUUUUGACAUUUCUUUAGCAAUGUAUCCAUGAAUUUCAAGUACUUUACAUUUCAGUGACUUUUUUUUUCAUAGUCCACCUCUUAAAGAGUACUCAAGGAGUAUUUAAAUGGAUUAUCUCUGAUUUUCAGCCAUGACAUACUCUUCCCAUGUCAACAAAUAGCCAAAGUGGGACCUUAUUAUUAUGGCACUUGGUUGUUGUGUAGUUCUCUGGCUAUGUUGAAAAAAAUGAAUAAAGAUACAAACAGAAACGUGUUGUUAAA